AUUCAUUUCAAGUCCGUCACAUUUUGGAGUGGCGCCAUGACAGUGAGGGGGGUCGCCUUGGUGUAAGACGGGAAUCAAGACCAUGCCGAGGUUCACCCCGAUCUUAUUGUUUGGGAUUCUUAUAAUUGUUUCAGGUACGGACGCUGAGUUGAUACCAAAAUGCAGCUAUCACCACUGGCCUGAUCACGUGAUCGCUACUACUGAGAUCGAGACCCACGACACUACCAUAUUAACGAACAUAAAAACGACUUUUGACUGCGAGGCGGAAUGCAAUAAGAAUCCAAGUUGCAAAGCAUUUUCCCACAUCAGCAGUACCGAUGAAUGCAUAUGGAGGUCAUCACGUGACUACAACAUGAUUGACGUCAAAUUUUCGGGUGAGACGGGGAUGCCUGGAAUCCCUGACCCGGGGUCAGGGUUGGCAAGCGGAGUGAAAGAAGACUGUGAUGGGACGUAUGUGGUUAUUGGAGACCUGCAGUUAUCUAACGUGACAACCGUGAGGUGCCCUGAAGGUUAUUUUGCCCUAAGUUGUCAAUGUUUCACAGAGGACGACGGCGGCGAAUGUUCACCCAGACUACGCUUUAGCUCCAACCACCCGGGGGUUGCAUUUUGCUAUGCGUACUACGCUGGAAAAAAAGUUGGCAAAAUCCCCCCCGGCAAAGCCAAGUCGCAGAAAAAAAUAAAGGCAGUGGUCACGUGUGCAGAAAGGAACCCUGUCACAGAAUACAACUAUACAAAGUUUUCUGACAGGGUAAACAGACAGAGCCCUAUCACAGAAUACAGCUAUACAGAAUUUACUGAAAGAGUAAACGGAACGGAUCCAGAGAGCUCACUAAGGCCAUCUAUUGGCUGCCCAGAGCACUUCGUCGCCCCUCGGAUAGUCGGCUGCACGGUCUAUUCUGAAGACAUAGACAAAAAACUUGGCGCUCCCCGACCAUUAAUUGACAACGUAGAUGUUACCUGCACCCCAGAUCGAAACGUCACUGACGACACUGACGUCUUACUCAGCAUCAUUGUGGCGUGCAGUAAUGAGGUCUUUCCGUGGAGCACGUGGUCGCACUGCUCACCAGAGGACAGCACUGCAACAAGAACCCGAGAGUACGCGAAACCGGUCCCUGGAAGCUAUGGCCUGGAAACUCAAACACGCCCCUGUCAAGCAUGCGACCCGACGGCUGACAUUGUAUUUCUAUUGGACGGCAGUGGGAGUCUGAAACAUAAACAUUUUGACGUUCUGAAUAAUUUCGUCAAACUGGUCGUACAAACUCUACCAUUCGGUGAAGACAAGAUACGAUACGGCCUGAUCCAGUUCUCCUCGGACGCCAAUGUGGAAUUCCAUCUCAACACAACACUUGAUUUCGAAACGCUCAUCCAAAAUAUAGACAAGAUUCCCUACAAGAGAGGACUCACCAAUUCAGAUACUGCGUUGAACUCGCUGCUAAACGAUAUCCUCCAGGAAGAAAACGGUGAUCGACCUGAUGUGCAAGACGUGGCUGUGCUCGUUAUAGACGGUGGUUCUACAGAUCCCGAGGCUACCGCUAUUGCUGCUGACUUGGUUCACAAUGCCAACGUCACGGUUAUUGCCAUAGGUGUUGCCGAUUAUAAUAUGACCGAGUUACAGUACAUAGCGACAGAGCCGGUCAAUGAGACCGUUUUGGCCGUGGACUUGUUUAGUGAGCUGAAGGACAAGACGCGCCAAUUCAGAGACAUGAUCUGUCGCGCGACUGUUGAGGGCUGGGUGGACGAGGAUACGGUUUACACGGAGUGGACGCCGUGGAGUAAUUGCUCCGAGAGUUGUGACGGUGGCGUCCAAACCAGAACUAGACGCUGCCUUAACCCGACUAAAUGCGGCACACAUCUGCGGGAGACACAGCUCUGUAAUGUGUUCUGUUGUUGGGCAACAAAACACGACGUCCAUUUUGACUGCCGCAGGGAGGCGCUGCUAGACCUGUCAUGUGACCAGCAGCACUACACCAGCAUUAUCAGGAUCCACGACGUUCUCGUCUGUACAAACGGCACGUGCAGUUCGGCCACAGAAACUAGGGACUUACUCCGUAGCCGGUGUGACGAAGAGGACGUGUGCACCACUCACUUCCCGUGUGGGACCGCGAGCACUUCACUUCCUGUGCUGCACGUGUUGUUUGAAUGUUGCUACAAUCCCUACGUGAGCGCGCAUCAUCACCACAGUCACCAUGGUCCCCGUUCACGUCCCCGCAGCCCGCACCGCCACAGCCCACACCGCCAUAGCCCGCACCGUCACAGCCCACAUAUACCGGAACAGAACACUGCAUCCGGUUGGCCAUCACAUCCGCAUUCGCUGCCACCAACAAGACCUACGAAGCACUCCAAACACACUAAGCACUCAAAGAGGAAGCACCGCCUCGGUAAGAAGUAGCAGGUGGUGCAUCAUGACAAUACAAUCGCAACCAUGAAACAGACGUUUAGACCACUGGUGGUUCGUCAUGACAAAACAAUCGCAGUCAUGAAUCGGACAUUUUGACCACUGUCAGAGCGUCAUGGCGGAAUAUACCAACGGAUCUCAACGGAUGUUAUUUCGACUUUGGUAAUGCAAACGAAUUUUCAGAAAGAAAAGAAUAAAACCGAAUUAUGGUCCAAUUAUUAAUCUAUUUUGAUCGUAUAUGUUUAUAACAUAUGUUUGUGUAUUUAGAGUUCGUAUUCAUGUGCGUUUACAUUUGUUCUUUUUUUCAAAUUAUGUCAAUUAA